GAGCGAGCAGCAGGGAAGGCACCGAGAAGGGCCGUGCUGUCAGGACUGGGGAGGAAACUUUCCAAGUAGGGCGGAUCGAUGAUCCCCGCGCCGGAGGCCCGGAACUCCCCGCAGCGCCGGGCAAGAAUCCCACGGAGCUGCGGCCGGCAGAGAGCCCCGGCCGGGCUGAGCGAAGAGGGACAAAAUGGCGCCGCGAUUCAAACGCUGCGCGCUGCGUGCCGGCGGGGGGGCGGCGGGGGGGCGGUGUCCCGGCGGGGUUCACUGCGCCUGCGCCCGGAGUUGCAAGAUGGCGGACAGUGCGGAACUAAAGCAAAUGGUUAUGAGCCUUCGAGUUUCCGAACUGCAAGUGCUGCUGGGCUACGCGGGGAGGAACAAGCACGGCCGAAAACACGAACUGCUGACGAAAGCACUGCAUUUGUUAAAGGCUGGCUGCAGCCCUGCUGUCCAAAUGAAAAUCAAAGAACUCUACAGGCGAAGGUUCCCCCAGAAAAUCAUGACACCUGCAGACUUAUCUAUCCCCAGCGUACACUCGAGCUCCAUGCCAGCAGCUUUGUCUCCGUCUACCAUUCCACAGCUCAGUUACGAUGGCCACCCAGCCACGUCACCAUUGCUUCCUGUUUCACUUCUGGGACCUAAACAUGAACUGGAACUCCCCCAUCUCACAUCUGCGCUCCACCCUGUCCAUCCUGACAUCAAACUGCAGAAAUUACCUUUUUAUGACUUGUUGGAUGAGCUGAUCAAACCCACCAGCCUAGCAUCAGAUAAUAGUCAGCGAUUUCGAGAAACCUGCUUUGCAUUUGCACUGACGCCACAGCAAGUGCAGCAAAUCAGCAGUUCCAUGGAUAUUUCUGGGACCAAAUGUGACUUCACAGUACAGGUCCAGCUAAGGUUUUGUUUAUCAGAAACCAGUUGUCCACAAGAAGAUCACUUCCCACCCAAUCUGUGUGUGAAAGUAAAUGGGAAACCAUGCAGCCUUCCAGGCUAUCUUCCACCAACCAAAAAUGGUGUUGAACCAAAGCGACCUAGCAGACCAAUCAACAUUACCUCACUCGUCAGACUCUCUACGACGGUACCAAACACAAUCGUUGUUUCGUGGACUGCAGAGAUUGGAAGAACCUAUUCCAUGGCAGUCUAUCUCGUCAAGCAGCUGUCCUCCACGGUGUUGCUGCAGAGGUUGCGAGCGAAAGGAAUACGGAACCCCGAUCACUCUAGAGCUCUGAUUAAAGAGAAACUGACCGCUGAUCCAGACAGUGAAAUUGCAACAACCAGCUUAAGAGUGUCUCUUCUUUGUCCACUUGGCAAAAUGAGGCUAACUAUACCAUGCAGGGCCUUGACUUGUUCACACCUGCAAUGUUUUGAUGCCACUCUGUAUAUUCAAAUGAAUGAGAAGAAACCAACUUGGGUUUGCCCUGUCUGUGAUAAGAAGGCUCCCUAUGAACACCUCAUUAUCGAUGGGUUGUUCAUGGAAAUCCUGAAGUAUUGUACAGAUUGUGAUGAAAUUCAGUUUAAAGAGGAUGGGUCCUGGGCUCCCAUGAGAUCGAAGAAGGAAGUGCAGGAAGUAACUGCAUCUUACAAUGGAGUUGAUGGAUGCAUAAGCUCUUCCUUGGAACAUCAGGUGUCUUCUCACCAACAGUCAAAUAAAAACAAGAAAGUGGAAGUGAUUGAUUUAACCAUUGAUAGCUCAUCAGAUGAAGAGGAGGAGGAACCAUCUGCAAAGAGAAGCUGUCCUUCCAUAUCUCCAGCAUCACCAUUAAAUAAUAAAGGCAUUUUGAAUCUACCCCAUCAAGCAUCUCCUGUGUCAAGAACACCCAGCCUUCCUGCUGUAGACACCAGCUACAUCAACACAUCACUUAUCCAAGACUACAGGCAUCCAUUCCAUAUGACACCUAUGCCUUAUGACUUGCAAGGUUUAGAUUUCUUCCCUUUCCUGUCAGGAGACAAUCAGCAUUACAACACCUCCCUUCUUGCCGCUGCAGCCGCGGCAGUUUCCGCCUCAGAUGAUCAAGAACUCUUACACUCUCGUUUUUUCCCAUACACUUCAUCUCAGAUGUUUCUCGAUCAGCUAAAUGCAGGAGGAAGCAGUUCUCUGCCAGCCACAAAUGGUAGCAAUAGUGGCAGUAACAGCAGUCUUGUUUCCUCCAACAGCCUGCGAGAGAAUCAUGGUCAUCCAGUUGCAAGUAGGAGCAGCACGGACACGGCGUCUAUCUUUGGUAUCAUACCAGACAUUAUUUCCUUGGACUGAUUUUGUUGGGGUUG